AUACAACCAACACUGAACACACAGUGCCAUCUCAGAGCAAGAAGACUCAACAUUGACUGAAGAUGCUGUGCUCCCGAGGAUUCCAGUCUUCCCUCAGCCCAUUGAUGGACUUCUACUGGCCUGUGCGCAGUCUAUGGCCAGAGGUCCGACCUCUUCUCGGCCAGCGGGAUCUACUGCAGAGAAACCUGCUGGAGAUCAAGAGCAGUCUGGAGCUGAUGGAGAAACUCCAGCAGCACAUCUUAGAAGAGUUGGACCAUGUCCCAGCCUCUGUGGCCAUCCAACUAGUCUCCUUCAAGCUGGAAAAAGAGGGAGAGCGCUUUGCCCUGACACUGGACACUAAAGACUUUUCCCCAGAUGAGCUGUCUGUCAAGCAGGUGGGCAGGAAGCUGAAAGUCAGUGGGAAGACAGAGAAGAAGCUAGAUGAUGGGGAAGGCUCCUACUCAUACAGAUGCCAAGAGUUCAGACAAGAGUUUGAUCUGCCUGAAGGGGUGAAUCCUGAGACAGUCACCUGCUCCCUGGCUCAAGACGGGAAGCUCCACAUCGAGGCACCAAAGAAUCCACUAUCUGCUGAGGAGGAGGUGGCAGAGAGAGUUGUGUCCAUCAACUGUAGCCUGGAUGUGAAAACCCCACAAUUCCUCUCAAAUACAGAGGGCAGCACCACUGACACACAGAAGAAACAAGAGAACACUACUUCACAUGAGGACUGAUCAUAUUUAUUAUGCUAUUUUUUUAUUUCAAAGGAUGUUUAAUUUUCUAAUACAUAUUUUUCAUGUCAUGAAAAUCAAUUCAUUUAUAUUUCAUAUCUUGUAACAAUCAAUAUGAGAUGCUAUUUCAUUUAAUCAAUAAAAUACAAACUUUUACACAA